AUGGGCGAUACCGAAGUAAGCAAGGUAACGCACACACAAAACUCCCAACAAAUUACAACAUCCCGAGAACAAUCGUUUAAUUGGGAUGAAGAACAAAGCGCCUGCCUGACACUGUUUACAUCUCCUUUCUCCAGUGACCGCAACAAUACUAUCCUCAGCACCGAGGAUGAAUACCUUAAACAAGUAUGCUAUGAGCUAAUGGAUAAAGACGUGUAUAUUGGAGCAUCUGAAAAUCCAGCUGCCAGCUCUGUUUCCUCCCCAGAACUUCUCGACGCUCUUGAUAACCCAUCACUCAAUCUUAAUCGAACUCGUCUUGCUAAUAUCAAUCUCAUACUGAUGCCACCUAAUGGGUUUGGCUAUUGGGAAUGGGAGGGAAACACGGAGAGAAAAUACAGAAAAUUGGCCGAAAAUAUGGGCAAGGCUACUCUACUUCAGGGAAACGAAUGUGGCCAUUUAUUUUCCUCUCAAUCACCUCAGACUUACCCCGAGAGUUUGCCUGUGGCGGACGAUAGCUGA